CCACCUUCUUCUUUGACAAUUUUUUUUUAGUCAUGGCGACUACAGAGAACUCUCGAAAGGUUCGAUGGGAGGAGGCAGAAAAUCAAACACAUACAUAUUAUGUUAAUGGUUACGAAAGACAGUCAGCAAAUGACGGCUCAAGAUACCCUGGCAUUACAUCUGCCAAUGGCUACCACAGGAUGCUCCGUGAGCGACCUAAUCCAUCGUACCAUGUACCACUCUCAAGUUACGACUCAGAUACCGAAGGCAGAGACUCUGAUGACGAAGAUGACAUUCUAAGAAACAUUACUCGACAUCCUGAUAAACUACGAGACGAUCCGUCGCAGCAACCAGAGAUUAAUCAUGAACGUUUGGAAUGGCAGCAGAUGUUACAAUCUGUGCUAAUGGGCGAAGUCAUUAAGUCUGAACGCAAACGUCUAGCUACUGCAGCCAACAUCAGAGAACAACACCCCACUAUUAUCAGAGAAAUAUGGAUAGCUUUGCGAGCAAAGUUAACCGGCCGUACAAGUGUUACUGAAAAGCAGACCUUGGAAGAAUUACGCCAAGAUAUAGACAAAGUACUCAAUAGACUUUUAGAAUUUAAAGUCCAAGAUACUGAAUCACCGGCCUUACAUCAAGUUGCCGACCUACUCAAGGAUAUUGAUCGCAUCGAAGGACUGUACCCUACUCGAGCAGAGCUCAGUAUACAUUGCCCCAAGUAUGCCUCGGAAACUGUUCAAACCCGUGUUGAUGCUUUGAACGCUUGGGGUACUAUCACCCACAGUUUGAGAAUGCAGUUCCAAAUUCUCAAAGAUUGGACAGGCUCAGAUGAACUCCAAAUCGCAAGAGACCCUGCUACUGAAGUCCAAAGUCUUUCCCCUGCGGGACACAAAGCCGUCCUUGGCAGUAAUUCAAACGUUACCGCCCAAGAAAUCGACCCAUCUUUCUUGGAGCGUAUUUUGAAAGAAUCUGCAUUGCAAGAUACAUUCGACAGACGUCUUCUUUCUGCACUCUACUCCCUACUUGUCAAGUCCAAGCAAACUAUGGCUUCCAACUCUGAAUUGUUCGACGAAAUGAACUUACCUCCGUUUAUCGUAGAGUUGAAGCGCCUUGCUUCUUUCCCAAUAUCUCUUGUCGAGGAAGCUCUCAAGUACAAGUUACACUAUCAAGAUCGCCUUAAUAAUCCCUCAUCGCCCAUGAUAGAUGCUAUACUAGAAGAUUAUCGUGGUCUACUAAAACUCGCAUGUAAUGUACGACAACAGUAUGAAGAAUUAGCUACUCCAGCUCCAGGUUGGGAGUUCGAAGAGUGUGAAGCUGUAUGCAUCAACUAUGAUAGUAUCGUCAUGGACGCAGUAAGAUUCUACUUUAGGCUUAUUGGCUACAAGCUCGACAUGGAACGUGAGAACAGUCUGAGAGAGUGCGAAGUCAUGGAAAAAGAAUGGGACUUUUUGAAGGAAACUAUAUGUCGAUCUAUCAAGGGCGGUGAUCGCGAAUGCGCCGAGCAAUUCUGCUUACUCACAAAUCGAUUGUUGAUCGCGCUAAUGAAGCACUAUACUAAAUGUCUCAAAAGUCCGGAAGCCCUGAAAGCGACUGGAAUGGAUAGUGAAUAUGCCAAAGUAUUACAGAGCAUGAGAAUGCGAGCCAGAAAGCUUUUGCGAUUCGCAAAAAUGUUCAAGGCACAGUUUGAAAACGCUGCAGAAUACGUCGUAGAUGGUGCUUCCUUUACCGACUUUAUCAACGCUUUGGCAGAAACAGAUCAUUUCUUGGUGUACACUGGUACUUUUGAAGAGGAUGGAGUAUAUGUCAUUGCGUCUCCAGAUCUGUUUGGUCGGCCAGAUAAAAUCAAGACCAUAAUACAUGCUAGCACAACUCAGUCAGACUUAAAUCCGCCACCAACACCUGGAGGUGUAAACUAUGUCUCGCGCGACCCAGAUCAAUACGUACUUAUUCUCUCGCCUUGGCAAAGCUUCCUGUGGACUGGUGAUAUUGUUGAAUUACCCAUCGAUCAUAUCGAGCUGGAAAUCAAGGCUGAUCGAGUUCGACUUGUGUCUGAAUCAGCUGAGCGACUGACGGAGGCGCGCGGCAAGUUCUGGAGUGUCGUCCUCAACUGUGGUGUGGAGUUGAAACAAGAACGACGAGCUCAUAUUCCAAAGAUCAACCGAGAGCUCAACAAAAUCAAGAAGAGUGUUUUCAAACUAGCUGAAUCCGCUAUUACUGGUGUAAAGACCAUCCAAGAACAAACCCAUAAUGUUGACCGCCAAGAUCUUGUAGAAGAAUGCUUCAGCUUUGCUAGUGAUUUUGGAAACUAUUCAGCCAAAUUUUUGGAUCUAAUCAGUCGGCGACAACUUGACUUGAAACUCGUUCGCUUAGCCAUUGAUUGGAUCUGCUUUAUCACUGAUGAAUGCGUUCCGACUGAUAGGAAGACUUUCCGUUGGGCUGUACUUGCUCUCGAUUUUGGUAUGGUGAUGACUCGCGGAAACAAUAUCUUGGCUCUGAGUGAAGCUGAAUUCAUUCGAUUGCAAUCAAAGGUAGCAAGCUGUAUAGCAUUGCUCAUUUCUCACUUUGACGUAUUGGGAACAAAGGUUGUACAUGACGAUGUCAAGGUUCAAAACCCCAGACGAAGCACCAUCUCCAAGAGAGGAUCUUAUAAUAUAUCCGGUGGUCGGGAUGAAUCAGCGACAACUACAUGUUCGACAUUUGGAACCACCAAAGACUCUGCUGCUAAUCCCAGUGCUAUUACCUAUAUUCGCGAGCGAUGGAUGCGUACCAUUGCUGAAUUGGAAGAUAAGCGACAGGAAAUUGAGCGUGAACGAAACCUUAUCGGCAAAGUUCUGGACAAGCAGCGACCUGAGGAUCAAUCACUUAUGUUCCUUGCACCUUCUUCAUCUGAUAUAUCCUUCCGAUGGCAACAAGGCAAAUUCAUCGGUGCAGGUACUUUUGGAUCUGUAUACUUGGCCAUCAAUCUGGAUACUUCUACUGUCAUGGCCGUCAAGGAAAUCCGUUUCCCAGAUUCUAGCUCUCUUUCUGCACUGCACAAGUCUAUCAAGGAAGAAAUGAAGGUCAUGGAAAUGCUUCAGCAUCCAAAUAUUGUUCAGUAUUUCGGUAUGGAGGUCCAUCGUGAUAAGGUCAACAUCUUUAUGGAGUACUGCGAGAAUGGCAGUUUAGGUGGCUUGCUUGAGCAUGGUGGUAGCAUUGAAGAUGAAAUCUAUGUGGUCGACUAUGUGUAUCAACUCUUGGAAGGUCUCGCCUAUCUUCACUCUAACAACGUUGUUCAUCGUGAUAUCAAGCCUGACAAUAUUUUGAUUGACCAUCUUGGUAAACUUAAGUUCUCCGAUUUCGGUGCGGCCAAGAUCCUUGCCAAGGGUCAAAAGACAAUGGGUAAAACGACUAUGAACGUAAACGUUAAUAGCUUGACGGGAACUCCCAUGUAUAUGGCUCCUGAAGUCAUCACUGGUGGUGAAAAGGGUCGUAAAGGUGCUAUGGAUAUUUGGUCGCUAGGAUGCUGUAUCGUGGAAAUGACAACGGGUCGACGACCAUGGUCUAAUUUGGAUAAUGAAUGGGCUGUCAUGUACCAUGUUGCCACUGGGUGUCCUCCACUACCUGAGGCAUCGCAGCUUUCUGAAGAAGGAAUCGAUUUCUUGAAGCAGUGCUUCAUUCGAUCAGCUCAUAAGCGUCCUUCGGCUCAAGAGCUUCUUCAACAUCCAUGGAUCACGAACUACUUGGAUUUGUGCGACGAAGAAAUGCGAUAUCUAGAAUCAUACGUAGUAUUGCAGGCAGUAUGCCACUGGAAGGGCAUCCUGAUCAUGUCAUUGGCGGUGCACAGGCUCAACAAUACUUUAGAGACAUCAGUGCCAGUAAUCGUCAUGAAUCCCAAUCAAGCAGCGGCAACCAAGUUUCAGACCCUAUCACAUCCAACAAUGAUAACGAGGCACACCCAGACUUUAUUGCCCCCUCGCCCUCUUUGGUCAAUGGCACUGUUCGCUCAGAGUCAUCCAUGCGCUCAGAGUCAUCCUCUAUUCAAUACAAUGAAGUACCAUCCAUCCCUAACUUACCACGCCAUUCAAGCGCUUCUAGCCUGCGUAGCGAAGCUUCAAGUCACAACGAGGCCUAGCAUCUAAAUUCAAAGUAUCGUACAAUUUACCUAUAUCAAACCAAGUCAAACUGACCCACAAAAAAAAAAAAAAACCAAACCACUUGAGUCGUAUAUCUCGUAAAGUGAGAUAAUGCUUUACAAUUUGUAUAUAUUUAUUACGUCCAUAAAUUACUACUUAGCAAGCGUAAACUUGUCACUCAUUUUUCAAAU